GCAUUCUCAAUAAGCGACUUAUGUAAAGAGUGCCGCAGCAGAACAAAACCAGAGCUCCACUCUCAGUUUGCGACUUUCGGCUGCUCAAAGGAUGGUGAGAAGUAAACUGAGUAGCAAAAUCAGCCAUUUCUUGCGAAACCCUUUAUUCUCUACACCUCUCCGUCACCAUCACCAUCGUUUUCCAACAAUACUGCAACCAAAACAAAGCCUUCACAAUCUUUGUAAUGUUUUGCAAAAUGGUGUUCCUUUUAAUAAACACAUCUCGGUUUCAGCUCUUCGGUACUUGAGCACUAAUUCUUUAGAAGAAAUAACGCCAGAUAGAAAUGGAAACGACUCACUUCACUAUGAAACGAUUGAGGACGUAGAACCAAUAGAUUUAUGGGAAGAAGAAGACGAGGACGCUAAGCCUGAGAUCGGUGAUGGAGGUGAUGGUGGAGGAAUUGUCUUGCAAAGUUGCCCUUGGGGUGAGCAAGCAUUAUCCCUUGCCCAUGAUGUGCUACUACAGUUUGGUGAUGAGAUGAAGCUCUAUGCAUUCAAAACUAGUCCUCGCGGAUACAUCUAUGUGAGAAUUGACAAACUUCCAAACGAGUCAACUGGAACAGUAGCAGCGUGUACAACACCAAAAUUGGUAGCACCAUCAACGAUUUCCGUAGUGGUUAGAAUUGAAGAGGUGAAAACCAGAAAAAGGAAAAAAGAAGAAAAUCAGAUGGCCGAAAUGAGCAUUAAUGUCACAGAAGCAGCUUUCAAUAGAUAUGGCUGUCCGAGUAUGGAUGAGAUGGAAGAAUUUAGCCGCCAAUACAAGAAAAUGUUAGACGAAGCUGGUGCACUAGGGAAAAUUCCUGAUGAUCUCGCCCUUGAGGUAUCAUCUCCUGGUGCUGAGAGGCUACUAAAAGUACCAGAUGACUUAUCCCGCUUCAAGGACAUGCCUAUGAGAGUUAGCUAUAUCGAAGAAAUGAACUCGAGAAACCUUGAAAAGGACGGAAUAUUCUUCUUAGAAUCUGUUGAUGCAGAAUUAGGAAGCUGUAUGUGGAAGUUGGCAGAUGUGAAGGAGAAUAGAGAUCCAGCGGCCAAAGGAAGGCCUCUAAGCCGUAAACAGAAAGAUUGGAGGUUAAGACUGCCUUAUGCAAUGGUUAAGAGAGUAACUUUGUACCUUGAUUAUUGAAUUCUGUCUAAUUGCGUAGAACUCAAGAUGUUGAUGUAUAUGCUGUUGCUUUAUACACACUAAAGAUUUUGACAUAAAAUUUUGAUGAUAUUGUCUGUGUCCCUGAGGAGGCUCCUAAGUUCUUAUCACAAUUCCUUUGGGUUAAGAUACCACCCAGAAUCUGAUCAAUGUGAAGAAUAACUCAACUUCUGCUGGAGUUUUUGUUUUUCUUUUUUGAGUUUUUCCUUCUACAUUACUUAAUAGAGUCGUCUGUCUACAUUAUGCUA